CAGUUCUCCUCAUUGUUGACUCUCCCCAUUUUUUUUUCUUCUUCUUCUUCUUCUCUCUCUCUUGCUCUCUUCAUUUGUUGGCACGAAAGUAAUGAAAGUUGAGAAGGUCGGGAAAGAGAUGUGUAGAGCGAAUGAGGUUGCAGUGGAUGAGGAGUUGGAGCUGGAGCUGGAGUUGAUCUCUGAAUCUGAAAUUCCGCCCAUCGUUGCAGAGACCGACAGAGAUGGAGAAGAAUUGUUCGUUCCGCCUCUUAACUUUGCUAUGGUCGAUAAUGGCGUAUUCAGGUCUGGUUUUCCCGAUACGGCCAACUUCUCCUUCUUACAGACCCUUGGCCUUCGUUCUAUCAUAUGUCUUUGCCCCGAGCCUUAUCCGGAUCCCAAUACCGAGUUUCUUAAGUCGAACGGGAUUCGACUUUUCCAGUUCGGGAUCGAAGGAUACAAGGAACCUUUUGUAAACAUUCCCGAGGAUAUGAUUCGUGAAGCACUCAAAGUUGUCCUUGAUGUUAGGAACCACCCGGUUUUAAUCCAUUGCAAGCGGGGGAAGCACCGGACUGGUUGUCUGGUAGGGUGCUUAAGAAAAUUUCAACGAUGGUGCCUGUCUUCAGUCUUUGAUGAGUACCAACGAUAUGCUGCUGCUAAAGCUAGGGUUUCAGAUCAGAGGUUCAUGGAGUUGUUUGAUGUUUCCAGCUUGAAGCACCUGCCUUCCACAUUCACAUGUUCCACUCAAAAAGGUAACAAAUUUGUCAGUAGGAAAGCUUUAGCUCCCAGGGAAGAGGAUGGAAACCUUACCCAAAAUAUUAAUGGUUGAAGGUGAUCUCAAAGAUAUGGUUUGGCAGGUUAAUGAAUAAGACAAUCCGUUUUUCGAAUGUGGAUAAUAAGAAGCAUCGUUGUACAUGCUUUUCCCCCAUUGUUGUAGAGCAUUGGAGUGGUUCUAAGCAAAUCUAUUGGAACGUUGUUGUUGAGCAUUAUUUUCUGCUUAUAUCCUGUUUAGCCGGAUUUAUGUUGGUUUAAUCAACCUUUCUUGUAAUCCUAAUGUGUUUUUGGUUCCA